AUGGCUAAUAACGUUCACAUGAGUGGGCUGCUGAGCCGCCACGAUGAUGAGGCCACCAGGACCUCCACCUCAGAGGGCCUGGAAGAGGGCGAGGUGGAAGGGGAGACCCUCCUGAUUGUUGAGUCUGAGGACCAGGCUUCAGUGGACUUAUCGCAUGACCAGAGUGGGGACUCUCUGAACAGCGACGAAGGUGACCCGUCCUGGAUGGAGGAGAUGUCCUAUUACUGUGAGAAGUGCCAGAAGUGGAUUCCAGCAAGUCAACUGAGAGAACAGCUCAGCUACCUCAAAGGAGAUAACUUCUUCAGAUUUACUUGCUCUGAUUGCUCAGAAGAUGGGAAGGAGCAAUUUGAACGGCUGAGAUUAACAUGGCAACAAGUUGUCAUGCUGGCAAUGUACAAUUUGUCUCUGGAAGGAACAGGACGUCAGGGGUACUUCAGGUGGAAAGAAGAUAUUUGUGCUUUUAUAGAGAAACAUUGGACUUUCUUAUUAGGGAACAGGAAAAAGACCUCAACAUGGUGGAGCACAGUUGCUGGCUGUCUCUCUGUGGGGAGCCCCUUGUUUUUCCGCUCAGGGGCACAGGAGUUUGGGGAGCCAGGAUGGUGGAAACUAGUCCAUAAUAAACCCCCAACAAUGAAACCUGAAGGAGAGAAGCUGUCUGCAUCUGCACUAAAGGCAAAAGCAGCUUCAAAGCCACCUCUGGAUCCCAUAAUUACUGUGGAAGGACUCAGGAAGCGGGUAAGCCGCAAUCCAGUCGAAUCAGCCAUGGAGCUGAAGGAGAAGAGAUCUCGCACUCAGGAAGCCAAGGAUAUUCGGAGAGCCCAGAAGGAGGCAGCUGGCUUCCUGGACAGGAGUACUUCUUCCACUCCUGUGAAAUUCACCAGUCGAGGCCGUCGUCCCGAUAUUGUCCUGGAGAAAGGAGAGGUGAUUGACUUCUCCUCCCUGAGCUCUUCAGAUCGCACUCCUCUGACGAGCCCUUCUCCUUCCCCAUCUCUGGACUUCUCUGCUCCUGGCACUCCAGCCUCACAUUCAGCUACUCCCAGCCUUCUCUCUGAAGCAGAUCUCAUCCCAGAUGUCAUGCCACCACAGGCUCUGUUUCAUGAUGAUGAGGAGAUGGAAGGGGAUGGAGUCAUAGAUCCAGGAAUAGAGUAUGUGCCCCCUCCCAGUGGGACAGCUGGUGCUUGCACUGUGAUAGCAAGUAGAAAAAAAGUGAAGACAGCUGAGCAGAUCAAGCAAGAGGUGGAGAGUGAAGAAGAAAAAACAGAAAGGAUGGAAGGUGACAGUGAGGAUCCUGAAGAGUCAAAUGCAUUGCUGCAGGUGAGGGGGCGAGACAAGAGGAAGCCGCAGCAGGAGAAGGAUGCUAAACCCAGAGCUCCCAAACCUACCUCUGUUAGUAUCUAUGAGGAGAAGCUGCUGCUGAAGAGACUGGAAGCCUGUCCCAAUGCCUUGAGCAUGAACCCAGAGGCCCGGAGACUGAGGCGUAAGCUGAUAGUCAGGCAGGCCAAGAGGGAAAGCGGACUGCCGCUCUUUGACUUGGACCAGGUUGUGAACGCUGCGCUGCUCUUGGUUGAUGGGAUUUAUGGAGCCAAAGAAGGAGGCAUUUCCAGGUCCCCAGUAGGGCAAGCAACAUACAGAACUACUAGCCAGGACUAUAGGAUCUUGGAUAGAUACCAGACAAUGCUGCCAACCAUGAAGGGAUAUCGACAGCAGACAACCAAGUUUCUGUAUCGACUGGUAGGCUCAGAAGACCUGCUGACAGACCACAGCAUUGUCAGUCCCUACACAUCCCGUGUCCUGAAACCUUACAUCAGGCGUGAUUAUGAGACAAAGCCCCCAAAGCUCAGGCUGCUGGCAGAAAUCCGGGCGUAUCCACAUAGGAAUGAUGUCAACUGGAAGGCUGAGCCAGAAGCACCCAUUGAUUACUGCUACGUUCGCCCUAAUCACAUCCCCACUAUAAAUUCCAUGUGCCACGAAUUCUUCUGGCCUGGAAUUGAUUUGUCAGAAUGUCUGCAGUAUCCAGACUUCAGCGUUGUUGUCCUUUACAAGAAAGUUAUUAUUGCCUUUGGCUUUAUGGUGCCAGAUGUGAAAUACAAUGAAGCUUACAUCUCUUUUCUGUUAGUUCACCCUGAAUGGAGAAGAGCUGGGAUUGCAACCUUCAUGAUUUACCAUCUUAUCCAGACCUGCAUGGGCAAAGACGUAACCCUUCACGUUUCUGCGAGUAACCCUGCUAUGCUGCUCUACCAAAAGUUUGGAUUUAAGACUGAGGAAUACAUCUUGGAUUUUUAUGACAAAUAUUAUCCCUUGGACAGCAAGGAAUGCAAGCACGCCUUCUUCCUCAGGCUGCGGCGCUGACCCCUCGCGGCUGUCUGAGGGUCUCUGAACAGCCCAGUCUGUCAAGGAAGGAUCUACCACAGCCUCAGCAAAGGGCACGGGCUGGCAGGUGAGAGCUGGAACACACCUAUGCCUUUAUCUCUCUUUAUUAUCUUCGAGUGUCAACAGUGCUAUGUUGUGUGGUGAAACUGCAAUUGAAGAGGAUUGAUUCCUAUAUUCCAAGGGGAAAGGCCUGGAAAUGCCAACUGGGACAUGCUGAAACCACUGGAAAAGUGAAAUUCUCUGUGGGGAAUUUUCCUGCCACUGUUACUUUGUAGAGCCUCAUUGACAAACAAAAAAAACUUGGAACAAAAAAAUACUUGUCACUUCAAAGGGGCCCCAUGGAUUUAAAAUUUUGAAACCUGUCCAAAAAAAGUCACAAGGUUUUUUUUUCUGUUUUUUGUUCAUGGGAAAUGAACAUUUAAACUUAAGUCA